CCCCUGGUCGCGUCACCGGCCGAGGCUAUAAAGCGGGGCUGGGGACAGGGCUCGCUUAGGCGGCUGCGGGGCUCCGAUAUGGGGCAGCUCUUCGCGAAGCUGCUGAGCGUUUUCGGAAGCCGCGAGCAUAAAGUAAUAAUAAUUGGCUUGGACAAUGCUGGGAAAACCACCAUCCUCUACCAGUUCCUAAUGAAUGAGGUCGUGCACACAUCUCCUACGAUCGGCAGCAACGUGGAGGAAAUCGUCCUGCGCAAGACACACUUCCUGAUGUGGGACAUUGGUGGGCAGGAAACCUUGAGGUCUACUUGGCACACCUACUAUUCCAACACAGAGUUUGUCAUUCUGGUGAUCGAUAGCACAGACCGUGAGAGGCUGACAGUGAGUAAAGAGGAACUGUACAAGAUGCUUGCUCAUGAGGACCUGCGUAAUGCAGCUGUGUUGAUUUAUGCCAACAAGCAGGAUGUCAAAAAUUCCAUGUCUACCUCUGAGAUCUCAAACUUUCUUACCUUGAGCUCUAUCAAAGACCACCCGUGGCAUAUUCAGGGAUGUUGCGCGCUCACAGGAGAGGGCCUUCCAGCUGGUUUAGAAUGGAUGAUUUCUAGAGUUGCAGCCAAGUGACGUCAGCCAAAGCUGCUUUUGGGAAGAGGAAAAACAAACUUGUCCGUGUAUUUAUUUCCAUUUGGGGUUUUUUACAAACACUCAGGACUUACUGGACCUUGACACUUCCCUCCCCCACUUUUCUUCCCAAAGCCACCAGAACUUGAUUUUAUACAUUUCUUAAAACAUGGACCAUUAUAGAAAGCGUUUAUGAAUUGUGCCUGCAGAGAUGGAGGAGGGGAGCUUCUUCUUGGACAGACUUUGCCUUACAAAAAGGGACCAUUCUUCACGGCACGGCGGAAGGGAGAAAACUUAACGGCUUUGCUCAAGCAUACCUUUUCAAAAUGUCAGCCUUGUUUGGGGUGGGGAAAGGUUAUGAAAGAGCUAAGCAUCGAAAAAUCAAGUAGUGCCUUCAGCCUUCCUGAAAAAGAAACAUGCUUUGCCUUAUGAUUGUGGGAUCAACACAAACCAUAUGCCUUGACCGUUCGCUCUGGGCUCUGACAUACCUGGGCUGUGCUUCCCACAUUGAGAAGAUGUGGAAGAGACUUCUGGAGCCGAUUCUUUGUGUUCCCAAAGGGUUGUUCCCAUUUCACUGUGGAUAAGUAGAUGACAGAACAAUCUGGGCACUGAGUUGCUCUUUGGUGCUUCUCUUCCAAUCCGUUUUUGCUAGAGUCCUGACCUCCUUCCUUUUGCAUGCGAACCUGGCUUGCCGAGAUUGAGAAAGAGCUGUCUCAGCUCCAUCUUCUGAGGGGGAUUUCUCUUGGCAUGCCAA